UCACCUUUUUUUCUCGAGCAUAAUGAAACCAUUACUCCCCCAAGCCUUGUAAUUUAUUUGGUAUAUACGUCCAAUUCAUAAAAUUGAUAAAAAAAAAAAAGAAAAAAAAAAUCAAUAGAACCCAAUUAAAACGGAACUGGAGUCUGGAGACCUUUCAUUAGUAUGGGGGGUGUUCGAAACAGAGGACUAUUUCCGCAGAGUUAGCAAACUCCCUCAAACUUACACAACAGCGAAAGUGCGAAUCACUAAAAUGUUGUCAUCCUCAACCUCAACGAUCACUUUCAUUUUUAGGUAUUCUCUUCUCCAAAUCCCUAAUUUUGUUUCCUUCCCUUCCUCUUCAUCCCUUCACUCUCAUUCUGAGCCCCCAUCCCUUCGCCACGUUGAUGAAGCUGUUGAUUCCUUCACUCGCAUGCUCUCUAUGCGUCGCCCUCCAUCAAUAAUCCAAUUUAACAAGAUUUUGGGGUCUCUUGCCAAGACCAACCAUUUCCCCACCGCCAUUUCCCUUUUUCAGCAAUUGCAAGCCAGAGGAAUCGCUCCCGACUUAUUUACUUUGAGCAUCGUAAUUAAUUGUUGUUGCGGCGUGGGUCGUAUGACGCUUGCUUUCUCUGUAUUGGCCAAGAUUUUCAGAAUGGAUUAUCAACCUGAUACGGUAACAUUGAAUACACUCGUUAAAGGCCUCUUUCUCUGUGGUAGUGUUGAAAAAGCAGUGCGCUUUCAUGACAGAGUGCUGUCUCAUGGAUUUCACUUUAAUCAAGUCACUUAUGGGACCUUGAUCAAUGGGCUCUGUAAAACCGGACGCACGUCAGCUGCUAUUCAAGUGUUGAGAAAGAUCCCACGGUAUGGCAUUGCUCCUAAUGUCUUCAUGUACAGCGCAAUUAUUGAUAGCCUCUGCAAGGAUACACUUGGCUCCAAUAAUAGUACGAAAGCUCCAGCAUCUUUGGUGGGGAGGGGUCCUCAUCCCCGUGGGGAUUUUGCGAGUUCCGUUAAAACUCCGGAUAAUCUCAAUAGAUAUCCAUGGGUUCAAGGUUUUUGGCCAUCCUUAUAUACAACAUAUAAUGAACUAGUGAUUCAACUAUUCAGAUUGUUAUAGAAUUCAUAUUCAGGAAUACUAUCUUCUUCAAUUCUGCAGAAUCUAUCCUGCUUUCUUUGCAUCAAAAAAAUGUUAAUACAUUGAUGAAGAUACUGUAAUAUGGCAAAAUGAUCAAAGAAUUAAAGAAUCAUUGAAUUGCUCUAUGAUAUCUCUAAGUACAUGCGUUUUGGUUGCAAUUGAUGAAAUGAAAUCUCAUAAUAUAAUCUCAUCAAGCAAGCCCCCAUCCCAAAAACAAUAAUAAAAAAAA